CAGCAAUUUAAAAAGUCAAAUACAUUGCGCAAAUGGUUUGUGCUUAUAUAGAUGGCGUGUGCUUAUAUAAAUUCUAGGGAAAACUGUCAAAUAGGUUCUCGUACUACUUCAAAAAAUCAAUUAGAUCUUUGUACUUUAAAAACACCCAAUUAAACCCUUGAACUCUUAAAAAACGCUUAAUUAAGUGAAUUAGCAGGUUACCAACAGGUUUCCCGGUUAACUGCAUGUGUGGCAGCCCGGUCCAUGUGGCAUUGUGGCAAUGUCUUUGUUUUUCUUUUUCUUUACCUUUUUUCUUUUCCUCUUUUUUGUUUUUUUUCUUUUUGUUUCUCUUUCUGUCUUCCUCUCUCCCCGUUCCCUUUCUAAUAUAACCGGACAAAUCCAAAGUCCAAAACAUCCUCGUUCUUCAUUGGGUUCUGCCUUACUUGAGGUGGCACCGCCUCGUGCUCUUUGCUUGCUUCCUCUCGAAAGAACCUUCUCCACGAUUUCCAGAGCCACCAGCAUGCCUUGUCUUAAUCGCAGCUCCAACUCCUAUGCUCCUCUCUGGCGAAGAAGGGCUGAAUUAAGAGCAUGCGAGUGAAUGUGAUGCUGGUUGAUAGAUUCCGGAAUGGGACGAAGUCACGAAACAUGAAGUUUACAAGAUUAGUCAAGGUCUGUAGCUUUUCUUAGUACAAAAUUUUGGGGGCAAACCUCAGUCAAUUUGUUGGAACUGAGGUCAAACAUCUGAACUUUACCAAUUUUACCCAAUUCUUGUGGAAUGCUUGGAUUGAAAUUGUUUUCCCAUAGUUGAAGAACCUCGAUUGCGGCAAAUCACCAAUGGAGAGUCUGGUAUUGACCCGUGAACUUCGGCGUGAAGUUUAUUCUGAAAAAGGUGCAUAAGUGUGAGAUUCUUAUGCUCUGCAAAUGUGGAUGGCAUUUCAGAAGAUAACAUGUUAUUGGACAGAUCCCUGGAUUUUAAGUUAUUGACACAACAUAGCUCUGAAUGAAUUGGUAAGAAGCUGGUCGAGAAAGAAAUGAUUAGAAAGCUGCCGGCUAGGAAGAAACCCAACAGAUCAGAGUGACCAGAUCAGCGAGGAAGAAAGUGAACGGGAAAGAAAAAGAAAAUAAAAGAAAAGGCUAAAUAUGCCACGUAGACGCCACGUGUGCAAUUCAUGGGAAACUUGUUGAUUACCUACAAAAUAGCUAAAUUGAACAUUUUUUAAAAGUUGAAGGGUUUAAUUAAGUGUUUUCAAAGUAAGAUAGUCUAAUUGACUUUUUUUUACAUAGUACUAGGGUUCAUUUGACAAUUUUUCCUAAAUUCGGC